AUGGCAUCGUCAUCAAGAGCGUCGAGCCCGCUCCUCUACGCCUGUAUCGCACACAGGACAACAAUUCUCACAGAGCACUCAGUGCCCGGAACGUCGUCCACCUCCGCCUCAUCGCUAGCAUCCAUCAUCCUCCCUAAGAUAUCUCACGACUCUCCACAGAAGCUCACCUAUACCCAUGACCGGCUAUUUAUCCAUUAUAUCGCAGAUUCCCCCAGUGCUUCCUCAACCCAGGGAAAUGCACAGACUCCCGACUCCCACUCGGCGCUAAGCUACCUGGUCGUUGCCACGGCUGAACAGGGUCGCCGUAUACCCUUUGCCUUCUUGCUUGAGAUGAAGAGGAAGUUCCUUGCGAGCUAUAAUCCAGAUAGCACUGACUACGCUGCAUUACCGGCCUACGGGUGUGCCGCAUUCAACAACGAUCUUCGCGCACUGCUACAUACCUUCAACACGACGCCUCCGUCGGAUUCGCUUGCCUCUGCCAGGAAAGAAAUCGACAAUGUACGAGAUAUUAUGACGGAGAAUAUCGAGCGUGUCCUAGAGAGAGGCGAACGUAUCGAUACCCUGAUCGACAAGACCGAUAGACUGGGAAGCAGUGCUAGAGACUUCAGAGUUCGUAGUCGGGACCUACGACGACGAAUGUGGUGGAAGAAUACCAAGGUCAUGGCCUUGCUAAUCGUCGUGGUGUUAUUUUUGAUAUAUCUGUUUGUUGGAAUGGGAUGCGGCCUGCCAGCGUGGGGCCGCUGUAUCGGGCGUGGAGGCCAUCACGAAGAGUAA